GGAUAUUUAAUGCAGAAAGCCCAAGCGUAACUUUAUUUUGAAAACAAAAGAAGAAAGGAAGACAAAGGGACGAACGAGUCGUCUAGUCUUUCUCUCUUCCUCGUGCCGUCUCCUUCAUUUCUUCUGACCGAAGCUUCCGAUUCUGCGGUCUCUCUCUGGAUACGCGGAAUCGGAAAAUUACCGCUUACCUACCUUCCUUCUUCUCCGAUUAUUCUCGCCGGCGCUGCUAACCUUUUCAAUUGGGGAAGAAUUAAAGAGGAAGCAGAUAGAUAAGGAGAGAGGGAGCUUCGCGUCAGCGAUUUCCUCGUUUGUUAGGAGGGGGGCGGGAAGGGGAAGCUUACUAUGGGGACGCCGGCGUUCCCAGAUCUCGGUAAACACUGCUUUGUGGAAGAAUGCAAGCAGCUCGAUUUCUUGCCUUUCACUUGUGAUCGCUGCCGCCAGGUAUUCUGUCUGGAUCAUCGAAGCUACCUCAAGCACAACUGUGCAAAGGCUGAUAAGAAGGACGUCACAGUCGUUGUCUGCCCACUUUGUGCCAAGGGAGUUCGUCUAAUCGGCGACGAAGACCCAAACAUCUCAUGGGAGACACAUGUCAACACAGAAUGCGACCCUUCGAACUACGACAAAGUCACGAAGAAGAGAAAAUGCCCUGUCCGAGGCUGUCGAGAAUUUCUGACAUUCUCAAACACAAUCAAAUGCAGGGAUUGCACAAAGGACCACUGCUUGAAGCAUCGAUUCGGCCCUGAUCACACCUGCCCUGGUCCCAGAAAACCCGAUGCAGGCUUCCAAUUCAUGAGCCUUCUCGGCAGGAGCAAAAAGGAAGAACCGCCAAGACCCAACCACCGAGCUCCUUCUACAACCGUAUCUUCAACAAAUUGGACCUCAAACUUCCUCAGUGCAGCAUCCAAUGCCCGAGCCUCUGCUGAAGCUGGAGUGUCGAAACUGGGCCGGGAACUGAGCCAAGUGUGGCUGACAGCAAAAGAUGGCAUCGGGCCAAGCGGCGGCGGCAGCAGCAGUGGCGCAGGAGCAGGGAUGGACGAGGAGUGUCCCCAGUGUGGUGCAAAGUUCGCGUCGGUUAUGAGCCUAGUCGAUCACGUAGAGAACGUGCACGAAAAGAAGAAGAAGAAUCAACAGUCCCGGGUUUUGAAGUUGCCUGUAGAUGUGUGUCCAAAGUGUAGUAAGGGUUUCCGCGAUCCUGUCGACCUUGUGGAUCAUGUGGAAAGGGACCAUGGUGGUACCUCUAAAGCUUAGAAGGUUUCUGUUGCAGGUACUCUUUGGAGCUGGGAAAGGAGGUGUGAUUGCUGGGAAAUGUGAACUGUAAUUUGGUCAGUAAAGCUCCUUCCUUUCUCGCUUAUUUGAACACCAGAAAUGUUGUUCUGUGAGUUGCUGGAAAUGGAUUGAAGGAGGGGAAAGAUUGCACCAUUUUUACUGAUAUUGCAUCCUUAAAGCUUUGUUCUUUAUCCAUCUUGUUGUGUUGAGAGAGAGAGAGAGAGAGAGAUCAACCUCCAUAAAUGGUAUAUUAUAACUGUCAAAAAUGGCGGGAGACAGCCAGCCAAAGAAAAGGACAGCACAGCACGAUUACAGAAGGGCAUUUGUCAGAGAACGAAAAAGCACCUUUCUGGCAUUACUAUGCUGGAAUUCGGGAUUAGAGGAUAAUUAAUUAUAUUCCGUCACUACUACUACUUACAAUCCUAAUUAUUUUAAUUUACAAUAAGCCAAUAAUAAUCCCCCAUAAUUAACUAAGAAAAUUAUGCUUACAAAAUACAAAUUCAAUUAUGCUAUUGUCAAUGUCAUUAGAUUUUCGUUUAGCCAGGUUAGAUUUGGGAAAGGGCAAAACAGGUGAAAUAAAUGCGGGAAUUCCAGUGGAUCUUUUUGCAUGGCACAGCGCCGAUCUUAGGUAUCAUUCUGUGCUCAAUUCUCCAUUAUUCUCUCGUUUAAUUCUCCUCCAAUCGGGCGAUUUCCCGAUCCCGGCUUUCGAAUUCUGUAAAUCACUUCAUUUAUGUUCUUUCCUUCCUGCGAUUACUUUCUUCGACCCACUCUCUCUUCUCUGUCUAGCUCUCAGUUCACAUUUUGGGAUUUGGGGAGGGUUGAUUUUGUUCCUUCCCUAAAAACCCUUCUCUCUUGGGUUGAAUGAGAAAUGGGUUUUGAUUCUUGAACAAUCCUUGUUAGUUCUUGUAGCUCGUGUAGCUCUGGAUUUGGUGAGGUCAAAUUGUAUACUGAUCCAUUGAUCUCCCAAUGUUGUGAUCAUAUUUUUUACUACAGGUUGACCAUCAGGGAACCCAGUUUGUAAACGAGCCUGGUCUUUCCUUUCCCUUCUUAGUGCCGAAGUCCAAAAGAAACUACUUGGUUCUAGGAGGGAAGGAAAGAGAGGUUUCGUGGUCAUAGUUGGGGGAUGAGUUUGUGAGCAGAGUUCUCUGAACAUGAGUGCCGUUUCUGGCGUUUUAUCGCGGCAAGUAUUACCAGCGUGCGGUAGCAUUUGUUUCUUUUGCCCUGGUUUGAGGACAAGGUCCAGACAGCCUAUCAAGAGGUACAAGAAGCUCAUUCGUGACAUUUUCCCCAAGAAUCAGGUGAGGGACUUGAUGUUUCCCUGUUAAAAUUGUAUGAGAGUGAGAUUCGGGCCUGCUUAGUGAUGCCCCUCUUCUUGCUUAGUGAUUUACCAUUUCGAGAUAGUCGCUUUUAGAUCUGUCAACGAUAUUGAUGGAUGUUUCAUGGCAGGAAGAAGGCCCAAAUGAUAGGAAGAUUGCUAAGCUUUGUGAAUAUGCGGCUAAAAAUCCUUUGCGUAUCCCCAAGGUGCAGUUAUUUUAUUUCACUCAGGGGAUAGAUAGCACCUUGCUUUGGUGCGAGCAUACUUUGAGAUUGGAAAAUGUGUGACGAUCACAUUGGACGGUUGCAGUCAGUCAGAGCUUAUACUCCAGUUGAAGCUUGUCCUUCAUUUAUAGAAGGAUCACUUACAAUAUAAUGAUAAGAAUACC